CUCCACCGUAAAAAUUUCGCACUCAGCGCAGGUAGUAGGGAGACGACGCGAAUAAGGGAAUUCGUGCACGAGGGAUAAAGAAAGGAAUGAAAAGGAAGUAUACACGUGAGUGCGGAGUGGGAACACGUACAUAUACGCGCGACCAGUUAUGCGUGCGUGAGACGCGAGAGGAUAAAAGGAAUUUCGGUGGAGAUACAUAGCAAGGCAUUUGACUUUUUUUGAUUGUUCAAAGUACGGAAUUCGAAUCGCGAUAUACGUAAUUGACCAAUUUAUUGACGUUGAAUAAGAGACAAUUUUACAAUCACGAGCAUACUGCUAUCUUUUUGAAUUUUGUGAUUUAUUGGAAUGGCACUUUGUGAAUUUAUAUGAGAGUGUUUACGAUGAUUCAUAAUGAGAGUGUGCGUUAAUACAAUACGUAAUUAAAAUUAUCUUUUUACUUUUUUGUGACUCAUUUUCAAUAACGUAUUUACUUUUAAAAAGAUAAAUACUAAUUUUGAUUAAAGGCAUGAAUAACUGACGCAAUUGAAAGCAGCAGGAACUCUUCAUUUGUCUAAGAAUUCCUAUUGUUACAAACCAGCAAUCAUAUUAAUACUCCGGCUUGUAUAUUUUUAAAGCCAAAGAAUUAGGAAUAUUUUAAAUUGUUUUUCAAUAUCGUUAAAAUCUAUGAACCAAACAUAAAAAUAAGUCAAUUACUCUCACCUACGCGUAACAAAAAAAAUCCUGAAUGAUAUCGCAUUUACGCGCUAUUUUUUUACGUUUACUUUCUCAAAUACAUGUACAUACGUAAUUAAGCGCAAGAACGCGAAGCGUCAAACGCGCGCGAAGGAGAUAAAACGCUCGCAGCGACGAGAGCAGGUAAUCGAUGGUCGCAUCCGAGAGCGAAAAAAGCGUUCUGAAAAAACUGUGAAUUUCGCAAUAUAAAAACAUCAUUAAAUUGAAGUACGGAGGAUUGACGAAAAAGAGUUUAGCGAUAAAGAUUGUCUUUGUAAUUGAGUUGUAGAAAAAUCGAUUUGGCAGGAGUGAAAAGGAAGAACUAAGUAUAUAGAAAAGAGAGAGAGAGAGAGAGAGUAAAAGACAAAGGGAGUGAAAAAUCUCUGAUGCAAGAAUGACUUCGGUACUUCCAGACGACGAGAACAACGUGACAAGACUGAAGAGGAAAUCGCACACUGUACUGAAUAAACAGUGUUCGGAUGAGUCGCGGACUUUUCUUACCUUCUCGCGUGAAAAUCUAAGCAUGUCAAGUUGUUCAGAGUUGGAACAGGGUUUCAAUCGUUCAUCUCGUCUACGAUGUUGUUGCCUUUGCAAGAAACAAACGUUACUCAGUUGUGCUGCUCUAUUUUUAGCACUGUGUUGUACUGUGUUGGAGCUAUGGAAACUGAGGAAAGUUGUAGCUAAUGCUCGAGACAUCGAAGAAAUUAGUCGGGACAUGGAAAGUUUGAAACAUCGGUUUUUAGAAAAAGACUUGUUGGAUGAAUUAAGAGCUUUUGAGGAGCAGUUAUAUGGCGGAGAUACCGACGACGAGGACAACGAGUCAGUAUCCUCAAAUGGUGAUUACGAUCCGAACUAUGAUGACUCUCCGUCACCACAACCAUCAACGACAACCCCAUCAUCGUCAUUCAUUGUCAGCUCGACAACGACAAGGCCUUGCACGAGUAAAGACCUCGAGGACGCAUUAGCAAUGUUAAGAAAAGCAGAAGACGAACAAAAUGUCAGGCAUCACGAACAACUGUUGGAAAAAGAACGGAAAAGAGGAUUGACAAGAAUGAGCGUUGAACAUAUGACUAAUAGCGAGAAGAAAAAAAGAAAUGUGAAUUUUCAUACAAGAUUAAAACAACAGCCGAAAAAGUAACAUGUUAACCACCCCAAUCCGAACCCAUGAAACCUGAAGCGACCACACCAGCAGCGAGCAACACGGAAAAUCGAAUCGCCUUGACGACAGCUGCCCGCUAUAUAUUCAUCACUGCCCCACCGACUCGCCACACCAUUGAAAACAAAAAUUAAUUAUUUAUGGUCUGUGGUGGAUUAUAUUACAUACACGAUGUGAUCGUUUUUUCGGACUAUUCAAUUUGUUGUAUACGGAAUGUUGUUGCUAUUGCACUUAAUAUUUAAGGAUUUUAUCGUAAUGACGUUUUUUAAACGAUGUGUAAUUUAUAUACCGUAAUUACUUAUGCUUAUAUAUUGAAAAGACUAAUAAAUGACAUAUCAAGAUUUAAUAUUUAUUAAAUUACGUUGAGCUUUCUUUUUGCUAUAUAUCAAGCACUUUUUUCAUCAAUUUUAUCAAAUUAUUAAGUAUCUUUCUCCAAAUCUAAUAAAUUAAUUAUAAAUAUUUAUCAAACUGUAAGUAAUCACUCGAAA